AUGCUUCCACCACCACCACCACAACGUCAACAGUCAAUGCUGAUCACAGCGGGAAGAUGCUGCCGUGAGGUACUCGAGUACUUUAUCGAGAAGAUCGAUGAUCCAAUGGCAGAAAGGAAGGCCGACGCUCUUUUGGUAGCAGCAUCAGUGCUCGCCACCAUGAACUACCAGGCCGCGAUCAGCCCACCUGGUGGCGCAUACCAAGAUACACGCUCUGUAAAUGGAACGAUCGAAUACCAAGCUGGACAAGCAAUCGCUGCAUAUGUUGCUGCGCAUGAGUAUAAACGAUUCUCCAUUGCUAACACCAUUUCCUUCACUUUUUCAAUGACCACCAUGUUUCUGUUUCUUUCGGGUUUAUCCUUAAAACGACGAAUCUUCUCAUUGCUUCUUACGGCGUCCAUGUUCGCCACCAUUACGGCCACUACAUACAGUUAUAAAUAUGCAAUGGAGGCUACGACUCCGGACCAUGAUGAUGAGUUGGAAGCCGGGUGGAAAUUCAUAAACCGGUUGGUGACAGGGGCUCUGAUUACGUGGUUUGUGCUUGCUGGUACCACCAUUGUCAUCUUUGUCUAUAAGCUACUGAAACCUCUGGUGACGGCUGCUUAUCGCCAAGCAACCCUGAAAACCUAA